CGUGUCUGGAGAAGGAAAAGGUAUAAAAGGGGCCCAUCUUGUGACUUCCAACCAGCCUUCAUCUCAUCAUCGAUUCAACAAAGCCUCACAGCACUACCAUCUCAUUCAAUAUCCCUAGCCAACCCAACCAAACAAUCAGCAACAAGCAAAACACAAUGUUCGCCUUCAAGAACCUCGCUGCCCUCGCCCUCGCCGCUGUGGCCGUCGCCUCGAUGAGCUCUGCCGCUCCUGCUCCCCAGGGAACCAAGGUCAAGACCAUGACCGUCACCGGCCAGGAGUCUGGCCUCGCACAGUACACCGACUUUGACGGCCAGACCGCCUGCGGCGAGUACGUCAGCACGGACAACGACCUCGUCCUCGGCGUCUCGGCCAGCGUCUUUGGCCAGGGCGAGAACUGCGACAAGAACAUCAAGGUCUCGGCCUUUGGCAAGGAGGUCACCGGCCGCCUCGUCGACAGCUGCGGUGGUGGCUGUGGUGACGCAGGUCUUAUCCUCUCGAAGAAGAUGUUCAGCGAGUUCACCGACCUCGCCCAGGGCCAAUUCGACGCCACCUGGGAGUUCGUGUAAAUCAACCUCCGAACUUGAAGCAUUGAGCAUAUGGACGAGGUCGAGCUCCAGCUCUCUCCGCGCCAACUCGAAGCGGGACAAUUUCGAUUCUAAUCAGCAUUCUUCAUCAGCACUCUUCUCUCUCUCAUCCACAGCAUUCUCAAUCAUAAUCUUCUCAAUCAUAAUCUUCACGCUGC